AUGAGCAAUAAUCAAUCAAAUUUCAGAGUGUCAUCAUGGCUAACUUUGGGUUGCAUUGCUUUCCUACAAGCCGUAAGUGCCAGCCGCUCGGUUUUCUCUGCAUGCUCGUCCCUGAUGGCACAAAAUUACCGCAUCUCUCAUGUGCAACUCAACAAUCUUAUAGUUGCUUCAGAAACAGGAAGGCUAUUUGGUUUCAUAUCGACAGCUGCUGCUGCCUACUUUCCUGCAUGGCUGAUCCUGUUCAUUGGCCUGGUUUUUGGAUUGGUUGGUUACGGUGUGCAGUGCCUUUAUAUUGCGCAUAGAUUUCCUGCUCUAUCUUAUUGGCAAGCUUUAUUGCUACAUACUCUUGCAGGGAACAGCAGCUGCUGGAUCAAUACUUACUGUCAAUUGUUAGCCACAAGAAACUUCAAGGACAGUUACCGCACCAUAAUCGAAAUAACAUCUACUUAUUCAAGGUUGAGCGGAAAGAUAUUGACUUCUUUAGUUGAAGGAAUUGAAGGACGGAAAGGUUCUACAAAUUCCAGUAUCUAUCUGCUCUUGACUUGCCUGGUUCCUGCUGUCGCUGGUUUAAUAGUUGCACUCGUUCAUAUUAGUUUCAAUUUCAGGGAAUAUGAGGACUCCGACGUGUUUCCGGCUGUCUUUGUUCUCGUCAUUGCAACUGGAGUGUAUGCAGUAAUCGAAUCUGUUGCACCAGCUUUCAAGCUUUUGUCCUUGCAAUUACGAGCAGUGAUUUUGGUGUUGGUGUUAACAACACCAUUUACGAUUGCACUGUUGACGGCAGUCGCACACCGAUUUUCAGACGAGAAAUAUCACUCUCAGGUGAUGCGAAAGGAGUCUUGUGAUUCAAAACCUGUAAAGGUAUCCAAAGAAGUCCAUAUUGCAAUAGGUAAAGGAGGAGAAGUUGAUCAAAAGGCAGGAGGGGAGGUUGACUGUAACGAGAAGGGCUUGUUUACGACAGGAAAUGAGCCUGGUAUGAAACAAUUACUGUUAAAUGUGGAUUUCUGGAUGUUCUAUUUGGUGAAUGCAUGUGGACCUACACUGGGAAUGGUGUAUUUAAACAACCUGGAGAGAAUCACUCAAUCUCGCAGCAUAGGUGAAGCAUCAUUUCUAUUGGAAAUAUCCGCUGCAUUUGGCUUUUUCGGAAGAAUCUUCUUUGUCAUGUUCCACUGGUAUACAAGGGAAAAAUCAAUAAUAGCCAACCCAGCAUUGACGGUGCUCCUAAUGAUCCCCAUGCCCAUAGCUGUUUUCUUGCUCCUUGACGGCAACACAUGCUUAUACAUUAGCACCGGAAUUUUGGGAACUUGUUCAGGAGCCAUAAUUGCCAUAAAUUCAACGACAACAUCGGAGCUGUUCGGUUGCAAGAACUUAGUUGUGAAACAAACCAUUGUUCAAACAAACAUUUCCUUAGGCACCCUGCUUUUUGGGUACUUGGCUGCUAUUAAUUAUGAAAGGGAAGGUGCUGGGAACAAUUCUAAGUUUUCUUCUGCAUCUGCGCACACAGAAUUUCUAUUCUCAAAAAUCCUAGUGUUGGCAGUUGAAGACUAUUGUCCAUGUGUCUUCUUAGGAUGA